AUGGAAAUCGUUUCAACCCUCAACGUACCCACACAGAAAUUCUUUAAUAAAGAUUGGAAAGAUAUUUCCAACUCUUUAAGACAAGUAGCACCAAAAGAAGUUUUACCACUUUUACAGUCGAUUUAUCAAAAUGAUACCAAAGAAACCUGGAGAUUAUAUUUAGAACUUUACAAUAAAAAACAAUUACAUCUUUUAUCACCUUUACAACAUUCCAGAGUAUUAAAAAUUUUUUCAUUUGAAAAAAGUUUCGAUGAAAAACAAAGAUACACUUUAGAAAAUCAAGUUUUUUUUAUCUUUAAUAAAAUGAAAAGUACUGGCAUAGAACCAGAUGUUAAUGAUUUUACCCACAUGUUGAAUACAUUUAGUUUAAUAGGAAAUCCUAAAGUAUGUGAUAACCUUUGGGAAGAGAUAAUCAAAAGAAAAAUUCAACCUACAACAUAUAUGUAUAAUUCUUAUAUAACUUCAUGUUGGCGUAUGAUUAAAUCACGUAAAGGAAAGGAGGAAGGAUUUCGGAGAGCGCAAAGGGUUUUGAUCAGUCUUAGAAAUAGUGGUAGGAAGCCAAAUGUAAUAACAAAUUGCCUCUUGGCUCGAUUGUUUUUAGCAUCAAAUGAUUUGGGAUCUGCUCAAGGUUUACUUGAAGAGACAUUUUCUCAAAAAAAUCUCUCAAAAGAAUUAACCAAGCAAGAAAUUUUACGUAGCGAAUCAAUGAUCAUCCACACCUUUAAUUAUUUAAUGAAUGCACACGGAAAUGCAGGAGAUUUAUCAAUGAUGGAUAGAUGUUUUCGACUUUUCAUAGAAAUCAAAUUGCCACCGCACAUUUACUUGUUUAAUACUCUCGUUAGAAAUUCUAGUAGGAUAGACAUGGAUAAGGCUAAAAGUUACGUUGAACAAAUGAUCCAUGAAUUUAAUUUAAACCCAACUCAUCAGAUAUUUAGUUAUAUCUUAUUUAAUUUAUGUGAAAAAGGGUUAACUAAGAAAGCCGUAGAGUUUUUAAAUGUUAUGAAAGUCGAAUUUAAGUUCCCUCCUUCCGAGUUAAUGUUGGUAAAGAUUUAUAAAUCCAUGUUGAGAAAAAAAAGAUAUGUUGAGGCAAAAGAAUUUGCGGUCCAAUGGAAUGAUAAAGUAAAUCUAUCACGUGACGAUAGUCUCCCUGUGCGACAACACGUUGUUGACUUUUCAUCAUAA